AUGGCAUCAGCACAGGUACAGAUACAAGCACUUCAAGAGACAUUGCUGAAAGCAAGAGAGGAGUUUGAUGGUCUACAAAAGGAGAUACAAAAGAUUGCACAGGCUAGAACUACAUUGCUGACACAACAGAAUGAGAAUGAAUUGGUGAAGAAGGAGUUUGAUCUGUUGGAGGAGGAGACAAACAUCUACAAACUUAUUGGUCCAGUACUGUUUAAGCAAUCAAAGACUGAGGCAGAGACAACUAUCACUGCUCGUCUGGAACUUAUCUCAAAGAAUCUGAAGCAAGUCGAGGUCAACUAUAAGGACACAGAAAAGAAGGCAUUGGAUCAAAGAAACAAGGUAUUCGAACUUCAAACAAAGAUUAAGACUAUUGCUCAACAAGCAGCAUCAGCGGCUCAGCAACAGCAAUAA